AUGUCAGGCACAUUGAUUAUUACCGGCGCCACUGGCUCCCUCGCUCUUGAAGUCGUACGCCAACUUCGCUCAUCACCGUACAUAGUUGUUGGCACAGUUCGAAAGGCAAAGCAGAUUCCCCAAACUCCACAGCUGCUCCAACUCGACCAGUUGAAAUCCCAGUAUACCCCAGGCCAACUACAGACCAAAGAAGUAGACUUGAACUCCUUGGCCGAAGUACGUUCCUUCGCCAACAGCAUCGCUAGCCAAAUCGAAUCGGGGGACCUCCCACCCCUUUCUGCGAUCAUUUGCAAUGCAUUCACUUGGUCUCUGGACAAACAGCACUUUUCAGAAGAUGGAUAUGAAUCGACUUUCCAAGUCGGCCAUCUUGCGCAUUUCUUAUUGGUGUUGAUGCUUGUACAGUGUAUGCAUGAAUCCGGCCGGAUCGUCAUGCUUGGCUCGGAGGUUCAUAAUCCGGAGCAUCAUAAUGCUCUGGCUGAACUUGGUGCUCAGAUUCCUUCGGAUAUGAACCUACUGGUGAAGCCUGCUUUGGAUGAUGUUGGGACAGAGUAUGAUAUGGGUUGGCGACGAUACGCAAAUUGCAAGUUGGCUAAUGUUAUGUUUAUGCGGAGCUUGAACCAGCGUCUUGAGAAGGAUCCGAAACUUAGCAAAAUUACCGUCAUGGCCAUGGACCCCGGAGGCAUUGUAGACUCAAGAGCCCAUCUUGUCCAACGUUCUUCAACGCGGUUCAUGUUUGGCCUUAUUGCUAUUCUGAUGCCUCUUCUUAGGCCGUUCACCUCUAGUGUUCGUUUGAGCUCAGAUUCGGCCCGAGAUCUCGUUACGUUGGCUGUGGACCCGGAGUAUCAUUCCAGUAGGGGAUACUUUGCCGGGACAAAGGCUAUCAUGGCUGCAUCUGUGACGGAGAAUGAAGAUGCUCGAGAAGGUCUUUGGGCUGCUUGUUGGAAAUGGGCUGUAAUUAGUGGUAAAGAGACUUGUAUAAUGAAGAGUCUAGUCUAG